AUGCCCGUCAUCGAGAUCACAAGCAAAGCCCAAUUCCUUGAGAUCAUCCUCAACGGAGAAACUCCCGCCAUCCUCGACUGCUACGGCGAAUGGUGUGGCCCCUGCAAGGCCAUUGCGCCAAAGAUCGAGGAGUGGAGCGACGUCUACACCGAUGUCAAGUUCUACAAGGUCGACGUGGACAAGGUCCCUGAUGUGAGCCAGGAGCUCGGUGUGCGCGCUAUGCCGACCAUCAUGCUUUUCCAGGGUGGUCAAAAAGUUACUGAGGUUGUUGGCGCUAACUUGCCUGCCAUCGAGGAGGGAAUCAAGUCUCUGCUUGCGUGA